UCUCACACAACGAAAUUACCAGUAAACGUAGACGCAUAGAUCUAAAUCUGUCUUCGAGUCUCUCAGUCUUAUCCUCUCCCGAAUCCUCAUUCCCACCCUAGAUUUCCUUAUCUUUCGGCGUUUUCCGGUCCUGCAAUGGCCACCGAAGAGCAACCCACCGUUCCUCUUGAGUCCGCUCCAGAGCCGGAGUCCACUGAACCGGCAGAGGGUAAACCUGCCCCCAACAAAGCUAGCAAGUCGAGGAAACCAAAGGAACCCAAAGCCAAAAAGCCUCCCGUACCGAGAAAACCUCCAUCUCAUCCUCCGUAUGAAGUGAUGAUUAAGGAAGCGAUUGUGACGCUGAAGGAAAAGACCGGUUCGAGUCAGUACGCGAUCGCGAAGCUCGUCGAGGACAAGCACAAACAGCUUCCGCCGAACUUCAAAAAGCUCUUGUUGUUUCAUUUGAAGAAACUUGUGGCUUCUGGGAAGCUCGUUAAAGUUAAGAGUUCGUACAAGCUUCCAUCUCCGAAGCCAACUGCAGCGGCAGUCGAAAAGAAGAAGCCGGCUACGGCUGUGAAACCGAAGCCAAAAGCAAAGCCUUCUACUUCGAAGGCCAAGGUAGUGAAAGCGACGUCUAAGGCUGCGCCGGCAAAGUCUAAGUCUGCUGCGAAGCCGAAACCAAAGCCUAAGGCCAAGCCAACGCCAAAAGCGGCUGUGAAGCCCAAGGCUGCUGCUCCGAAGCCGAAGUCUGCUCCGGCUAAGGCCAAGCCUGCUCCGAAGACAAAGGCCGCUCCGGCUAAGGCAAAGGCGGCUCCGAAGCCAAAACCUAAGGAGAAGCCGGCUAAGGCUCCAAGAACAUCGACGAGGACCUCUCCCGGGAAGAAAGCCCCGCCUCCCAAGCCGGCAACGAAGAAGGCAGCAGCAACGAAGAAGGCUCCAGCUAAAAGCGUGAAGCUCAAGAGCGUGAGGUCGCCGGCGAAGCGGGCCACAGCGAAGAGGGGAAGAAAGUGAGAGAGGAGAGAGCGUAGGUGUUGGUAGGGGUAGUCUCGAGCCUAGGUGUUUUAUCUUUGAUGGUGUAUUUAGAUCCAUAUAUGGCCUUGGAAAAACAAUUUGAAAUAGUUUUCAGAUGUAUUAUUAUUAUUGUUCAGUUUUUUUUUCUUCUUUUGCUUUGUAUUAUUCAGUUAAGUUGGUUUCUGAAGAAAUCGUUCCUUUGUUCGCUUUCA